AUGUCUCAAUUCACGGAAGAGGAGAUCGAUAGAAUUAUCGACAAUUGUGAGAGAAUUACCCACGAUGAUGUAGAAUCAAUAGAUGAUACAGAUAGGUUGCCUAAAAUUGUAGAAAUCAAACAUAUUCGACAUCCAAAAAUUGAAAUACAGUCAAAAAUUGUAAAUGAUGAGGAACAAGGUGAUUCUGAAGAGUUCUUUGAGAGUUGCUUCCAAAAAACCAAGCAGAAAAAGAUCAAUAAGCAGGCUCCAGAAAUUAACGACUUUUCGGGUAUAUUGACAAUUAAUGAGGAAUCGGAUGCAAAGCCGAAUCUAGAUGAUGCUAUUUUAGUUAAUAACAUAUUGAGAAAGCGACUAGUUCAGUUCCGGAAUAAUAUAGAGGCAUCAUUAAGUAAAAUUGACUGUCGAUUGGAUUUCUUGGAAAAGUUCCUGCAAGAUGCAAAAUCCAAUGAUGUGAAGGAUGCAAUGACAUUUAAAACGACCUAUAUAAGAUGUGGACGACCAUAUUUUAAGGAUGCAUUGUAUUAUCCAGCACCAGAAAAUGAAGACUUUAAAUAUCGAAAGAAUGUAUUGCAGGAAUUCUUCCCAUUUGACUUGCCGACCGCUUGCAUUAAGUGGAGAACUAAGGAAAAAGUCUCGCUAGUCAAUGGAAUUAAGACUCAAAUGAUAAAUCAUAUAAAGUUACAGCAGUCAAAGAAAAUUUGUCAAGAUUCCAAAAAGACGAGAGGAAAGAUGCAAAAACUGCGAUUUAUAUCCAACAAUCAAGACUUGAAUGACAUGACAAUCUCUAAUAUUUAUGAAACCAUUCAAAGUGAUCAUCCUGACUUCCAAAUAAAUUGGAACUUAAUAUCAUUUAAUGAUCUUCAGAGUACACAUUCAGUAACUGAAUGUAUGGGAAUGUGGUAUAGUUAUUUAAAACCUGACAUAAAUCGAGAUCCAUUUAGUGAUGAAGAAAUCGCUAUCAUGUCACAUUGGGCAACAGAAUACAAGUAUCAGAACUGGGAAGAAAUUGCUCAGCAGCUUGACAGAAGAACUAGCUUACAAACUUUUAGUUUCUUCUCAUCAGAAUGCUCUCGUUUAUGUCCUGCAAAUGUUCGUUGGACUCCAGAAGAAGAUGAGUUAUUACUAGAGACAGUCAAGAAGUUUGAAAGAGCUAAUGUUAUUUUAUGGAAUAGGGUUGGAUGUUUAGUUCCUAACAGAAAUAAGACUCAAUGCUAUAAUAGAUACCUGAUUUUAAAUCAAAAUGUUAAUAGAAAGAAGGGAGUCUUUAGUGCCCAAGAGAAUAGAAUUUUGUUGAAUUAUGUUGCUAAGUACGGUGACGACUUGAGUAAGUUUCCUGAAGAUUUACUUCCAAAUCGCUCGAUAAUACAAAUUAAGAAUCACUAUAAUGUGGCACUAAAGCAUAAAGGAAAAGUAAAUCCAUGGACACUUGAAGAGGAUAAAAAACUGAUGGAGUUUGUAAAGGAUAAAGGCACAAAUGAUUGGAAGGGAAUAUCAGACAUUCUUCAAACUCACAAUCGACUUUCAUGCCGAACUAGAUACCUGACAAUCUCUAAAUUCCUUGCUAAAAAUCCCGAAUUGAGUAUUGAGGAUGUCCCAUCGCGAUUAAAAAAAGUCACAGCCGUUCAUAAAGCUGUUAAUAGUGAGGACGAAGAUGAUCCAGAAACUAUGAAACCAACAAAGAAUCGAAAAGUUGUAACACGAUAUAAAUCCUUUGGUGUCUUAACAUUCGAGGAAUUCAAGAUGAAAAAUUUACAGCUCUACAAUUUAAUGAAGACUGCAUAUAACUACCAACUAGUUCCAAAAGAAUUAAAUCCUGACACGAAUAAUUUCCUUCUAUUUAAAUCUUUACUCGGCAUUGAGCAUUAUGGAUUGCAAAAGAAAUUUGCUCUUUCAUUCACUAACCAGCAAUACAGCAAAAUUAAUGAGAUUCUAGCAUCAAAAUUGGACAAGGAAAUGGAUAAAGAGAUAACAAGAGUCAAAAAAGAAUCAAUUUUCAUGGUUCCAGUGAAUUAUUACACAGCAGUCGGCCUACGUUCAGUGGCAAUUAAAAUCCAUGAAGAUACAAUUGAUACAGACGAGAAAACAGACACAAAACAUAGUAAGAAGUACGAUGAAGCAUUAAAGAACUUCCAGCAAUUAUUCACGUCACUCUUUUACUGGCCAGCAAUGCUAUCAAAAUUAAGCUUUAAUGAAUUGCAAAAUUACAGGAAUCUUCAAAAUGUAUCAGUUGCUCCGAUAAUGGAAGUGCUAGUAAAAAGACCAAACGACCAAAAAGUUUAUUACGGAAGUAAUCCACCAAAAAAGCAAAAGAUAAAACAAGAAAGCCGUUAA